GGAUAGAGACUGGGACAUGAGACCUAUGGAUGACAGAGAAGUGGGGAAUCAUGAUCUGGAUAUCCCUCCUCUACCACCAUUACCACCUCUUCCACCUCUGGACAGAUACCGUGAAGAUAGGUGGAGGGACGAUAGGAAUAGAGAUCAUUAUGACAGAGACCUCCGAGACAGGGGGGAGCUAAGGAUUCGAGAGUAUCCAGAGAGAUAUGACACAUGGCGGGACAAGCAAGACUACCUUCCUGAAAGGACUGAUUGGGAGAGGGAACGGUUGUCGGAUAGGUGGUAUCCAGAUGAUGGAGACAGAUUGCGCUCUUUGGAUGAUCAUUCAGAUUCAUCCCUUCCUCCACCUUCACAUUCCUCUGAUAUGCUGGGAGGAGAUUCAAACCUGGACUCUGACCAGUCGUUGGGAGGAGUGAUGGUCCUUAGCCAAAGACAGCAUGAGAUAAUUCUGAAGGCUGCCCAGGAGCUCAAAAUGCUUCGAGAGCAAAAGGAACAGCUACAGAAGUUGAAAGAAUUUAAACCUGACAUUUCCACACAGGACUCUCCUAGAUCACAGAACACAAGCACAAGGCCGGGUGCCUUUCAGGAACGCUGGGAUGAGGAUUCUUUCCACGGACUCUGGGACACAAAUGAGGAUAAAGGAGCAAAUAUGGAGUACGAGCUGUGUAAACAGGAGUCAAUGAUGCCUCCACCGGUCUCCUCGCCUGUGAAAGUACCUCCCAUUCACACCUCUGUUCCGUCAGCUGUACCAGUGUCCCUUCCUCCAGUUAUUCCACCGGUUCCUAAAGCACCUGUAAUUCAGCAAACUGUGGAUUAUGGCCACGGGCGAGAUAUAACCACCAGUAAAGUGGAACAGAUUCCAUAUGGGGAGAGGGUAACCCUGCGUCCAGAACCUCUACCGGAGAGGCAAACAUUUCAAAAAGAGCACCCUGGCCGUUAUAACAGAGAAAGAGAUCGUGAGCCUUAUUUUGAGCGUCAAGGUAAUUCCAACACAGAUCAUCGGGAUUUCAAGAGAGAGCGGGAAUUGCACAGAGACCGUGGUUCUGUGGACUAUGAACGAGAGAGAUUUGAAAAAGAGCGGCAUCCCCGAGAUGAUAGGGUUCUUCCUACUACACCUUCAAGGACUCAAUCUUACCGUGACAAGAAAGACCAUCCUUCCUCCAGGAGAGGUGGUUUUGAAAGACCACCAUAUGAACGAAAAACAGAUCGUCCAGCAUAUGAUCAUGGGCCUUCCAUGUUUGGAGGUGAUCGUAGAAAUUACCCUGAGGAAAGGAUUCCUAUUUCUGCUCCAUCAAUGCCCCGUCAGCCACCACCUGCUCCACGAGUGGAAAGGAAGCCAGAAUCUAAAAAUGUAGAUGAUAUUUUGAAGCCACCAGGACGGGAUAGCAGGCCAGAGAGGAUUGUAAUCAUAAUGAGAGGGUUGCCUGGCAGUGGAAAGACACAUGUAGCAAAACUCAUCAGGGAUAAGGAAGUAGAGUGUGGAGGACCUGCACCAAGAGUGCUCAGCCUGGAUGACUAUUUUAUCACUGAAGUGGAAAAAGAAGAGAGAGACCCAGAUACUGGGAAAAAAGUGAAAAAGAAGGUGAUGGAGUAUGAAUAUGAAGCUGAUAUGGAAGAGACCUAUCGUACCAGCAUGUUUAAAACUUUCAAAAAGACCUUGGAUGAUGGCUUCUUCCCCUUCAUUAUCCUUGAUGCUAUCAAUGAUAGAGUGCGACAUUUUGAACAGUUUUGGAGUGCUGCAAAAACCAAGGGUUUUGAGGUGUACUUAGCUGAAAUGAGUGCAGAUAACCAGACGUGUUCCAAGAGGAAUAUUCAUGGACGCAAGCUAAAGGAAAUCAGCAGGAUGUCUGAUCACUGGGAGGCAGCACCACGUCACAUGAUGCGCCUGGACAUUCGUUCUCUAUUGCAGGAUGCUGCAAUUGAAGAGGUGGAGAUGGAGGAUUUUGAUGCAAAUAUUGAAGACCAGAAAGAAGAAGUCAAGAAGGAUACAGCAGAGGAGGAAGAAAGUGAACUGGGUUACAUUCCGAAAAGCAAAUGGGAGAUGGACACUUCUGAGGCAAAGCUAGACAAGCUGGAUGGUUUGCGGACUGGCACUAAAAGGAAACGUGACUGGGAAGCAAUUGCCAGCAGAAUGGAAGAUUAUCUACAGCUUCCAGAUGACUAUGAUACACGUGCUUCUGAACCUGGAAAGAAAAGGGUGCGGUGGGCAGAUCUAGAAGAAAAAAAAGAUGCAGACAGGAAAAGGGCCAUUGGUUUUGUUGUUGGACAAACAGAUUGGGAGAAGAUAACAGAUGAAAGUGGUCAUCUUGCUGAGAGAGCCCUCAACCGCACCAAGUAUAUAUGAUAAAGUGGUUAAAUGGAAUUUUUUGCCUUUAAGGCCAUUUGCUCGGAGGAGAAGUGAACCAAGGUGUCAUGAGCAUCUUGCAUGGGUUUUGUCACUCCCACCUUCACAGUUUUUCUCUGUUAUUUUAGUUUCAGCAAUUUUCUUGAGAUAUUGGCAGAUAACCAGUGCCCUCAAAAAAACCCAACAAAUCCCACUGCUCCUAAGUGAGAGAGACAGUUUACUUUUUAGUAUUUUUGGAGGGGAGGGAGGGGGAGGGCCAGUAGUUUUAGCUGCUGUUUGUGGGAUAAAGUGGAAGGAUUAGACAGACGUUACCUCCACUGUACCGUCACAGAAUGUUUAUCACCUUUGCUUUGUGGCUGUUCUCGUUUUAUACUGUAUGUACCUUGUAGCUUAUUGUAUUAGGAAGCAGAACAAUAAAUUUCACUAUAAACUCUG